GGCGUUUGGCUCGGUGAAGACGGGGAGUGAGCGAGCAGAGCGGGUGAGAAACCAGCGGAUCUGGCCCUUUAAAUCACCAAUACAGCGCAAUCGGAGAGACAAGCCAAUGUGAGCUCAGCUGCCGUCCAGCUCUGUCGUUUUGACUUGGGGCCGCUCAGACCGUCCUCUCCAUCCAGUCCUAUCUGCCCACCACCAACCAGUUUUCUCCUGUGUCGGUGCAGUCUGAUGGAUCAGUAUGUCUACCACUAAUAACAUCGCCCAGGCCAGGAAACUGGUGGAACAGCUGAGGAUCGAGGCAGGGAUUGAACGCAUUAAGGUGUCCAAAGCGGCAGCAGACCUGAUGAGUUACUGUGAGCAGCACGCUCGUAGCGACCCUCUGCUGGUCGGGGUUCCCACCUCUGAAAACCCUUUCAAGGACAAGAAACCCUGCAUCAUCCUAUAGCCGCGCUACGCUCCCCCUGCCCUCACACACACACACACACACACAUGCAGACACACACUCACACCUACACACUCAGUACUUAAAUUGAUCCCCAGACUUCCCCCAGGCACACAUGCAAACACACACUUAAAGCAGCCCAGCAUACACACACACACACUCUCACAUAGAAACACUCCAAAUAUAGCCACUCUGGAACAGCGCCAUACCCCGGAGCCACAGCUAGGGGGCAGGUAUCUUGUGCUCACAGUGGCUGAGAUCAGUAUAUCACUGAGUAUGAUCCAAGGUGCUUUGGUAAUAUUCAUAUAUGCUGGUAAAUUAACUACAAGUGUCAUCUUAACUUGAAAAAGGGAUUUGGACAUUCAUAAUCAGUAGGAAACCAGGAUUUUUUUCUCCUUCUUUUGUCAUGAAAUAAGGGGUUGGGUAAAGGAUGGACAGCAGUGCCAUAGGCGAGGAGUGGGAGGAUGCAUGUGGGCAACAGAAAAGGACAGUAGGCGCUCCCGCCAACCGUGCCAAACACGAUUUGGUGUCCUAUUAAAAGCUGCAAAAAUUGCUUUUUGUUUGAGGCAGUUAAGAAGGUCUGGGAGCUUUGCCCUCGAACCUGCCUGUGCUAAAUUACGGCGGGUCGUUUUUGGAGCGAGCGGCUGAAGCCUUCGCCUUUAGCGGGCUAGCAUGUUCCCACCCAAACCUGCAUCGACUGACCUUCUCUGCCUGUGGCCUCUCUACGGCUGUCUGCAGCCUCUGGCCAACUGGCCAACGACUUCCAGCCGUGCCAACAUGUACAGAAAGUCGUCUCUAGAUGCAGAUCUGCCGUCGCUGAUUCCACUGCAGCUCAUGAUGGCUGCUGUUGGUUGUCUAAGCUGACCUCAGAUCUGCACCUAUGAGGGGAACAUAGUGAACUGCUCUACACAGAACUCAAGCUAUUAACCCUGGACGUUUACUGCAUUUUUUCUUAAGAGAUACUUGUUUGUGAACUCAAUGUACGUUUUGAUAUUUCGUUGAAGCAUUACUUAACAGAUAAGAUGAUACUGUACAAUUUUUUUUAGAUUGUUUUGCUUUGAUGUAGGUGUCGCCCCCGGCUGACCAGGUUUCUCCUGCUGUCUGGUGUUAGACGCUAACGACAGGAGAUCUGGCUGUAAGCCGGGGGUUAUAUCUGACCAGAUACCUGCUAGGAUCUUUAAACAAAGGUUUCUACGAUACAUCAAGCCUCCCUGUGCUUUACCUUGAGAGAGGGCGAGGUCGCAGACUGACCACGCCUGAGAAUCAGUCUGCAAGGCCCCCCGAGGGCAGAGGAGAAAACCCAAACACAAAAAGCAAAAGUGAGCUUCUCAGCUUAUGUUUGAUUCUUUCAAUUGGCAGGUUUUGUUUUUUUUUUUUUUUACGAGGUUAAGCAAAGGAAAAGAAGAGAUAUGUCGCACUGGAUAGCGCAAAGAUGGAGGCGUUUGUUUCGUUCGCCUCUGCAGCAGAAAAGGGAGCCACGUCUUGGUUUAAUGCAUAAUAAUUCAGGCUUUGAAUCAGAUUGGAAUGAAUAUGACCAGGAUUUACCAGUCUUUAAAGUUUCCAGCGUAAGAGCUUGCUCCAGUGCGAGCUCAUGCUGGUCGGGGACUGGAUCUCCUCUCCUCCACAAUGCUCCUCCUCUCUGACAAACCAAACUUGAUUGUAAAAACUGAGGACGAAGUGAAAAAAACAACGAAGUCAAGACAAACUAAGUGUAUAAACUUUCUUUGAGACAUGUGCAGAAGUGAUGAGUUGAAGAGUAGCUGUUUUGGGUUUAUUUUUUGAGUUUCUUCUUUCUAUGGAGUCCAUGGAACCUGGUCAGUUGAGUAUUACCCUGUACAGUGUUUGUAAGAUACAAAAUCUAAACACAGAAUCCCUCUCUGUGGAUGUUGGGUUUUUUUAGUACUACUUAUUCUGUUCUGUCAGUCAGGAUCAUGUCUGUCUUCAUGUAUUUUUCUUUUUUUUUUUGUCAUUCAGGUUUUAGAGGCCUGCGAUAGCGGAGGAUGGUUUUAACCACAGAUACAAACACAAACGCCUGAUGAGGAUAUAGCAGAAAAAGAGCAAAACAACCUGUUUGGUUUAGGAUCAUAUCCUGUUAGAGGAUGAAUCAACAUCGGACCUCAUUCCAGUGGCAAAAACCAACCUCCUGAUCUAUCCUUUAACACCAGAGCAGCCCACACGCUUUUCUCAAGUGUUGGUUUCGGUGGGCGACAGGCAACUGGGACAACACACACAUGCACACAGCACACACGCCCUCCUGCAGUUGUUUUAAGUUUGUCAAAGGUUACAGGAGAGGUGAGGCUUGGCAUUUAGAGCUGCUUUUGGCAGUUAAUUGCUGAAAGAGAGGCGCUUUGUGCCAUCAUAUUUGCUUUUGAGCAUUUAGCUGAGGCUUUUGUGAGGAGAAGCGUACAGUGACAGAGCAGGGUGGAGUCAUUUGGACAGGACUUACGGCUGCUGAUGGACUGUGAGGGGAGCUGAACCCUUUGCUUUUCUGUUGUCUAAUCACUCGGUCAAUAUGAGCCACCUGCUAUGCUGACUUUUGUGGAAAUUUCUUUU